AUAACGCAUUUUUCGAUAUUAUGGAGUAGUGUCCUAUGGAUAUAUUUUAUACUAAAGAUGAAAUUCGUAACAAUCCAUCAAUUAAGAAUAAUAUGGAAACACAUCUUGUUGAUAAAUAUAGAAAACAAGGCCCAAGAUUUAUUAUUGAUGUUGGCAGUAAACUUGGAUUGAGAUAUGAUACAAUAGCCACUGGUGUUGUCUACUUUCAUAGAUUUUAUAUGCAAUAUUCAUUUAUGGAUUUUGAUAAAUAUGUUUUGGCUGCAUGUUGCUUGUUUUUAGCAGGAAAAGUUGAAGAGACUCCCAAAAAAAUUAAGGACAUAAUAAAAGUUUCAAAAUCCAUUUUAACUGAAGAUGAAUAUUCUCACUUUGGUGAAGAUCCUAAAGAUGAAUUAAUGACUUUAGAAAGAAUACUGCUACAAACUAUACGUUUUGAUUUCAACGUUCCACAUCCUUAUACCUAUCUUUUAAAAUACAUAAAAACACUAAAAGCUUUAAAGCCUGAUAUGAAAGAGGAAGAACACAACAAACUACAAAAAAUUGUUCAAAUGACCUGGACAUUCAUAAACGAUAGCCUAAGCACAACCCUUUGUUUGCAGUGGGAACCGGAAAUAAUCGCCAUUGCCUUGGUCCACUUAGCCGCUAAGCUUAUAAAAGUAGAUCUUAACCAAUGGUUUGGAUUCAAUAAAGGCUUCCCUUCCUUCAAUCAAGAUAAUUGGUGGGCGAAAUUUGUUGUCGGGUUGGAACCUGAAUUGUUGGAGGAUAUAUGCCAUCAAGUAUUAGAUCUUUAUUCUUCGAGAUCCUCAAAAACUUCCUUUACAAAGUCAGAAUUAAUAGAAAUUGAGCAAUUGAGGAGAAAAGAAUGAUGACAAGAUACUUUCCAUACUCAUGAUAUUAUGUUAAAGUGCGAUUCAAUUUUAAUAGAAACGAAAUAAAACUAUAUUAAUAAUAAGGGAAAUAACCAUUCAAUAUAUAUAUAUAUUUAAUAAGAGGAAAUAAUAUUAUUU